CUUCUAAAUACACACAAACAUUAACACUCACAUACAUUUUCUCUUAACAAAACAUGGAACCAAAUGGAUCAUCUCCAGUUGUAAUUGAGCACAAGGCGUAUGCUCGAAUCGGUCUUCUGGGUAACCCCAGCGACGUAUACUACGGCCGUACCAUCUCUCUAAGCAUCGAAAACUUCUGGGCGUGUGUUCGUCUGGAGCCGUCUAAAGAUCUCCUGAUCCUCCCUCAUCCCACUCACGAUCUCGUUAAAUUCGGCUCGUUAUCGCACCUUGUGAACAGGUUGGAAAAUGAAGGUUAUUAUGGUGGUGUAAGGUUGUUGAUGGCAAUUUGUAAAGUUUUUACAAGUUAUUGUAAAGAACAGGGGAUUCAUCUACAUGAUAAUAACUUCUCUCUUUCCUAUGACACCAACAUCCCUCGUCAGACUGGGUUAUCUGGUUCGAGCGCCAUCGCGUGUGCUGCAUUCAGCUGUCUUCUUGACUUCUACAAUGUCCGAGACAAAAUAGCCGUGAAGAUCAGACCACAACUUAUUCUAAAUGCCGAAAAAGAACUUGGAAUUGUUGCAGGUCUGCAAGAUAGAGUAGCACAAGUUUAUGGUGGUCUUGUAUACAUGGAUUUUAACAAGGCGAGCAUGAACAAAAAUGGCUAUGGCAAUUACAUACAGCUAGAUACAAGUCUUCUUCCACCUUUGCAUCUCAUCUAUGCCGAAAAUCCAAGUGAUUCUGGGAAGGUACAUAGUGCGGUUCGACAAAGAUGGUUAGAUGGAGACGAGUUCAUAAUAUCGUCGAUGGAGGAAGUGGCUAGUUUGGCCCUCGAAGGAAGAUCGGCAUUACUUGAAAAAGAUUAUGCUAAACUUGCAGCCUUGAUGAAUCGAAACUUCGAUCUACGAAGGCGGAUGUUUGGUGAUGCGGCCCUUGGUGCACUUAACAUAGAGAUGGUGGAGGUCGCAAGACGAGUGGGUGCGGCGUCAAAGUUCACUGGCAGUGGCGGGGCAGUGGUUGCGUUUUGCCCUGAUGGACCGUUACAAGUCGAAGCUUUGACGGAUGCUUGUAAGAAGGCGGGAUUUUGUAUCGUACCAGUGAAAGUUGUACCUUCGGUCCUCAAUGAAAUCGACGUCAGGACGCUUGUAACGAAGAACCGCUUAGGCGUGAAUGGCCCACAAACCCCCGUGUUUUCGUUGCCUUGCCCUGUUGAAAACGUGAGAUAAAAUGUAAAAGUUGCAUCGAUUUUAAUUUGUUUGCUUCAUGUUCAUUAAUCCGCGGGGCAUUGAACCUCAAAGUGUAAAGUCUAAACUGUUGAGAAUUUUUUAUUUAAAUAAAAUAACUAUAUUUUCUGUAAGAAACAA